AUGAUUUCUCAGUCUAUAUUUCUACAACCAUCCUCGCUUCUUCAUCCAGUACUCCAUCACAUCAUCAAGGUUAGAGCGGUACCAGGUUGGUGUUAUCGGCAAGCGAUCAAUGUAUGGAUUAUUGUGGUUACAUUGAGCAUGGAAACAAUUUUGGGCAAUGCAAUGGUUAUCGCUGCUUAUAAACUUGAACGAAAUAUCAGUAAACAGAUAAGCAACCGUUUCAUAGUAUCAUUGGCUGUAUCAGAUUUAAUUAUUGGUAUUGAAGGUUACCCAUUAUUUACUCUAUAUGUUUUGAAUGGCGACCACUGGCCACUCGGAUGGAUAGCAUGUGAAACAUGGCUUUUCCUUGACUAUACACUUUGCCUUGUAUCAAUACUGACGGUGCUGUUGAUAACAGCUGACCGUUAUUUAUCCGUUUGUCAUACUGCAUCAUACAUCAAGUGGCAGUCACCCGCAAAAGCCCAAAUGACAAUUAUCUGUUCUUGGCUUAUUCCGGCUCUUAUAUUUGGCUUUAUGAUUUAUGGCUGGUCACUGGUGUCCAAUACCACGAGCGGACUUAUCAAUGGUGAAUGUGUCGCUCCGUUUCUCACCAAUCCAUAUGUUAAUAUGAGUUUGUACGUGGUUUAUUAUUGGACGACACUGAUUGCAAUGCUCAUUCUUUACAAAGGAAUACACAAAGUUACCAAGAAACUUGAAAAGAAAGCUGGUGCCAAGGACCAACGUCAGUUGGCUCUGUUAUUCAGUCAGCAACUAGGGACUCAGGUUGGUCUUAAACUGAUGCUUUCGCAAACACACAAUGCAGACAGUGAUACUAUUGAGGAAAAUGUUCAUAUUGCGGAUGCAAAAGAUGCUGAUUAUCGAACGUUUACGACAAAUGUUACAGAUAGUAAUGAAAGAUAUGGACUUGGAAAUGUCGACAACCUAAGCAUAGCAAUGAGUGAGGAAAGUGCUGAUACAAUUAUUUUUAAUAAUGUUGCGAUGUUCACAAGCAAUUCUGGUAUUCAUCAGGCUUAUAUCCAUACAGCGACUGUCUCAUUAGAUCAUGCCGAGGAAGAGUUCAACCAGAAUUCUACUGCUCGUCAUGCAUUGUAUUGUCCGUCCGCAGAUGCAAGACAAAAAACGCUUGUCAGUGAAAGAUUUACAAUGAAAUGGGUAUCACAAAUCAAAAAUCAAGUGACGAGAACUUUGUUCAAUUCCAAAUCUUCCUCAUCACUUUCAACCACGUCAUCGGUGGAAGUUUCAAGUUCAAAAGCGCCGGCAACUCAGUCUGCUGGGCUGAAUAUCCCGGCUGUGACCCGACAUGGAAGAACCUCUAGAAAUGAGAACAAUUCGAAACAAAAUUUCAUGACUUCAACAGCUUUUAACGGUCAAAGAUCACGUAAAUUAUCUUUCUCGAGUUUGAAUAUUAAAAGAGAUAACGUUAUGCAGUUUUUUUCACCCUUCACUUUACUUCGACGGAAACGUAAGCAGACGAAAGCUGAACGAAGAGCACAUAAAGCAUUCAGGACAAUUACCUUCAUUGUUGGGUGUUUUGCCAUCCUAUGGUCACCCUAUUACGUUGUGGCAACUGUAUAUGGAUUUUGUCGGCACUGUAUACCGUCACUACUGUACACACUCACUUACUACAUGUGCUAUCUUAAUUCGAGUAGCAAUCCUUUCGCAUAUGCUUUGGCCAACCGCCAGUUUCGUGUCGCCUUCUUGCGUAUGUUGCGCAGAGACUUCAAUAAAAAUUCCUAAACU